CAAUGCUGUUUCCGUCUGUUCUUACCUGUGACUUCCCACUUCGGCUAAGAAGAAGAAGGAAAAAAAGCGGCUGCAAUCGAAACAUGGGUUGUCUGCAGGCGUGUGUGAAGGACUCACUCAGAAACGGCAGUGCAAGCGAGCGUCCAGACCUCGCUCUCUCUCUCUCCCCAAGUGGUGUCCGCUUCUGGGAAAUCAAUGAGGAGGAUUCGCGAUGCUGAGUGCGACAGCCCUCUCUCGCUUUACAAGAUAAUUUUGUGCAUUUCAACUUUUGAAUAUCACCAGCAAGUUAAGAGAAAUACCUCUUGAAUCAUUUUGACGAGUAUGACUGGUCGGUUGAUUUUGUCUCGUCUUCUGCAUUUAACAUGUGAUCUCUUUCAUACAGUUUUACGACUGGGAUAAGGGAGGGCGAAAGGUGUGCUGGACCUUUGGCGGACAACUGGGUGCCUGCAAAUAAACUCAUUUUUGAAAUUCCGGGGUGGGGGGGUAAUGAGGGGACACAACUCAGAACCCCCCACUCUGAUUGAUUACUUGUUAGUCAUCCUGUGACUACGAGACUCUUUGAAAGGGCACCGUGGAACACAUACAUGAAUCAACUACCCGUUACCCUUCAAUCUCCACUGAAGACUCACUUUUGCUUAAAGAAGGGGUAAGAGAGGGGGGUCGUGGCUUAACAUUAUAAGAGGGGAAAUAACAGCAUCGCCUCAUGGCUUUGUUUAUCUCCAAUCUCCGUCUUCACAAGCGCUUGUAAAAAUCCAAAGGAAGGACUUUGAAGAUCUGAAGAAUAGUGUGACAAGAGGAUUAAAAAAAAAAUUGUGUUAUUGCACCAUCCCAUUUAUCUUUCUUAUUUAUCUUAUAUAUCUUGAAACAAAAAAUGAAAGUUUGGAGUUUUCUUCCCUGGCUACCCUGCCUUGUCAUCCUCAUGUUGUGUUUUGGAUCAGAGUGCGGGACAGUGUGGAGAAAGGGGAGAUCCAAGAGAGACUUGGUGCGGAUAAGAGACGCCAAAGCGACCUUCCCAGGGGCUUGUGCCACUCGGCUGCCCCGGGGCAAACGUUCCUUGCCCGGCUUGGAUCGGCGGUUGCCCCGCCAGCGCCGGCGCUCCUCCCAGGCUGAGGACAGUUCAUCUGGUCGGGGGAAAGCAGUUUAUUUUACCGGCAGAGGAGAUCAGCUACGACUUAAGCCUGGAGUGGAGAUACCGCGGGGAAAUUUUACUCUCGAGAUGUGGGUCAAACCCGAAGGAGGUCAGCGAUCGCCCACAGUAAUUGCAGGUUUGUUCGACAAAUGCUUCUAUGCCUCCAGCGACCGGGGCUGGCUGCUGGGCGUCCGAGCGGUGAGCGAACAGGGCAACCGUGACCCGCGCUUCUUCUUCUCGCUGAAGACGGACCGCGCCCACAAGGUCACGUCCAUCCACGCCAACGCCCGCUACAUGCCCAACCACUGGGCGCACGUGGCUGUGACCUACGACGGCCUCUACAUGAAGCUGUUUGUCAACGGCGCCCAGGUGGCCGUCAGCCGGGAGCAGUCCGGCGACGUCUUCAGCCCGCUCACCAAGAAGUGCAAGGUGCUGAUGGUAGGGGGCAACGCUCUGAACCAGAACUACCGGGGCGCGGUGGAGCGGAUUAGCCUGUGGCGCUACGCCCGCUCCCAGAAGGACAUCAGCCGCCACAUGCAUGGCAACCCGGACACGCCUGAGGACCUCCCGCACCUGGUCAUACGGGAGAACUUCGAGCACCCGACCCGGAAGUGGCUGUCCGUGAAGGACGGCAGUUUUCCGCAGCCGGACGAAGGUCCCCGGGCGGGGAUGGGGGGCGCGGGCGGCGGCUCUCUGGACACCACGCUGGAGCCACCCUCCUGCGGGCAGACCGUGUGCGACAACGUGGAGGUGGUCACCAACUACAACCGGUACUGGAGCUUCCGGCAGCCGAAGGUUGUGCGCUACCGCGUCGUCAACAUCUUCGACGACGAGCGCCGCAAGCCGACUGUCACGGAUCAGCAGAUCAACCUGCAACACCAGCACCUGAACGACGCGUUCAGCAUGUACAACAUCAGCUGGCAACUGAGCGUGGUGAACGUCACUAACUCGUCGCUGCGUCACCGCCUCGUGCUGGCCAACUGUGACAUCAGUAAGGUCGGCGACGAGGAAUGCGAUCUGGAGUGCAACCACACACUAACGGGGUACGAUGCGGGUUACUGCCGCAGCCAGCGGUCGCGUUGCCCCCAGCACAAGCAGGGCAACGGGGAGUGCGAUCCCGAGUGCAACUGGGAGACUCACUUCUACGACGGAGGGGACUGCUGCAACCCCAACGUCACGGAUGUCACCAAGACGUGCUUCAACCCCGCAUCACCAUACAGGGCCUAUUUGAAUGUGAAGGAACUGAAGGAGACGUUAAACCUGGACGGCUCCACUCACCUCAACAUCUUCUUCGCCAACUCGUCUGAUGAGGACCUGGCUGGGGUAGCCACAUGGCCCUGGGACAAGGAGGCCCUCACGCACUUGGGUGGCAUAGUUCUGAACCCGUCGUUCUACGGCACGUUUGGCCACACGCACACCAUGAUCCACGAGAUCGGCCACAGCCUGGGCCUGUACCACGUCUUCCGGGGCAUCUCGGAGAUCGAGUCGUGCAACGACGCCUGUCUGGAGAUGGAGCCCUCCAUGGAGACGGGAGACCUGUGCGAGGACACCAACCCCACGCCCAAGUACAAGCACUGCCGAGACCCGGAGCCAGGCAACGAGACGUGUGGCUGUAGGAACUUCAAGCACACUCCGUUCAACAACUACAUGAGUUACGCAGACGACGACUGCACCAACUCCUUCACGCUGAACCAAGUGGCGCGCAUGCACUGCUACCUGGACCUCAUCUACCAGACGUGGCAGCCUGACUUCAAGCCCCCUCCCGUGGCUCUAGCGCCCCAAGUGGUGGAGCAGGAGAGUGACGCCAUCACCCUGGAGUGGUUCCCCCCCAUAUCGGGCCACUUCUACGACAGAGAAUUGGGAUCAGUGUGUGACAAGUGCGCGGAAGGGCGGAUCCUGCAGCAGUACGCCUCCAACAGCUCGUCCCCGCGCCCCUGCACACCCUCCGGCCACUGGAGCCCGCGAGAGGCAGAGGGCCCACCUGAUGUCGAACAGGUGUGUGAGCCGAGCGUGCGUACCUGGAGCCCGCACAACGGCAUGGAGGUGAGCAACAUGGUCCCGCCCCCGUGCCCCUUACAGGGCUGCAUGCUACAGCUGGACUUCCCCCACCCGCUGGUGCCCGACUCCCUGACCUUGUGGGUGACCUUCUCCUCGCCGGACGCCGCGCCCGACGAGGCCGUGCUGCCCGCCAUCCACAACAUCCUGCUGCUGACCACGGGCGGCGCCAACGUGUCCCUGGGGCCGAGCAACGUCUUCUGUGACGUGCCGCUGACGCUCAAGAUGGCCGCCGAGCAGGAGGAGGAGGUGUACGGCGUGCAGAUCUUCACCAUGGAGCAGCACCUGGAGAUCGACGCCGUCAUGAUGGCGUCGCGGCCCGACUGCCCGCUGUGCCGGAGGUGCCAGCCGCUGCACUACAGGCUGACGCGGCAGCCGGCGUUCGCCCGGGCGCCGCUCGGGGUGCUGCUCAGGGACGCCACGCGUCGAUACGUCGACAGGGAGGUGGAGCCGGGAGGAGUGUACACCUAUCAGGUCCAGACGGUGUCGGCCCGUGGCGAGAGUGAGCCAUCGCCCCCCCUCACACACCGCCUCGGGGCGCCCUACUGCGGAGACGGCAAGAUACAGAGGUCGCGGGGAGAGGAGUGUGACGACCAUAACUCCAUGAAUGGGGACGGGUGCUCCAGUCAGUGCAAGAAGGAACCCUUCUUUAACUGCAUAGAUGAGCCGAGCAUGUGCUACUUCUACGACGGCGACGGCGUGUGCGAGGAGUUUGAGCAGGAGACGAGCGUGCGGGACUGCGGCCUGUACACCCCCAGCGGCUUUCUUGACCAAUGGGCCGCUGCCGUGGAGGUGUCCCACGAGGAGCGGCUUUACUGCCCCGCCGACGUGGCUGCCGGAUACCCCACCGUCACCAAGACAUGUCAGUCUAAGGUGUUUGAGAGUGACCUGUCUGAUGGAGUGUCACAGUACGCCUGGUUCCCGUGUCGCGAGGCGCAACACUCCUCCUGGUACCCACACUACUGGCUCAAGGCUUACUUUUCCCACCCGAUGGUGGCUGCAGCUGUGAUCAUCCAUCUAGCGGCCGAUGGCACCAGCUAUAUUGACCAGACGCAGCGCAACAUCACCGUGCAACUGCUCGACACCAAGGAGGGCGUCCACAACUUAGGUGACUGGCGUCUGAGCUGCCGGACCAACCCAUUGGUAAUCCCGGUCAUCCAUGACCUGAGCAUGGCGUUCUACCACACCAAGGCAAUCCUGGUGCUCUUCCGCUCUGACCUGGUGGCCAUCUCCGGCGUGGCACUGCGCUCCUUCCAGUUCUUCGACCCUAUCACAAUCAGUGGCUGCCAGAGCAACGAGAUCUACAACCCCAUGGGUCAAAGCUGUGUGCACUACUCGUGCGAGGCCAUCGACUGCCACGAGCCGUUGAUCCGCAAUGCGGAGCUGAGCUGUAGCAGCGCGGGCUACUUCAACGGCGCACGCUGCUCCGUCACCUGCACCAGCGGCUACGUCCUGCAGAUCCAGCGGGACGAUGACAUCAUCAAGAGCCAGGCGGGUCCAACGGUGGUCAUCACGUGUGCGGACGGGAAGUGGAACAAGCAGGUGUCGUGUGAGCCGGUGGACUGUGGCCUGCCGGACAAGUACCACGUACACCCCGCCAUCUUCGACUUCCCAGAAGGCACCACGUACGGCAAGAAGACCACCUUCCAGUGCAAGGAGCCCGCCCAGCUAGUGGGAACCAAUAACACGCUGACGUGCAUGGAGGACGGGCUGUGGUCGUUCCCCGAGGCCCUGUGCGAGCUGCGCUGCCCGGCGCCGCCGGCGGUGCCCAACGCCGUGCUGCAGACCAAGCGGUGCAACGAGACGGGCCUGAAGGUCGGCUCCCUCUGCAAGUACAAGUGCAAGCCGGGCUACCACGUCACCAACAAGCCCAAGAGGCGAGCCUUCAAGCGUCAGUGUACGGAGGAUGGCACGUGGCUGGAGGGCGGCUGUGAGGCGGUGACCUGUGACACGCCGGCCCCAGUGUUCCAUGGAAUGUACCAGUGCACCGACGGGUUCCGCUUCGACAGCACCUGCUGGAUCAACUGCAACGGGCCCAGCAACGCAACCGGCACCGGAACUGGCACAGGCACUGGAACUGGCACUGGAGGCAGGCUACACCCACCAUGCAAACAGGGCCCCAACACGAAUGUGAUCCGUUGCAGGAAGGAUGGCAACUGGACGGGGGCCUUCCAUAUCUGCCCACAGAUGAAGGGCCAGUGCUCUCUACCUCAGAACCUCCACCCCAACAUCCGCGUCAGCUGCCGAAAAGGAUACGGAAUAGGGGAGGAGUGUGACCUCUCAUGUCGUGACCCCAACAACAAUGUGGUCACAUUGCCUGACAACAUAACAGCCGAUGACAUCCUCAAACACCACUGGCUUAACCCACCAAAAGUCAAGAGUAUCGUGUGCACCAUGGGUCUGAAGUGGUACCCCCACCCUGAAGUCCUCCAUUGCAUUAAAGGAUGCGAGCCAUUCAUGGGUGAUAACUACUGUGAUGCCAUCAACAACAGGGCCUUCUGCAACUAUGACGGCGGAGACUGCUGCAGUUCCACUGUCAAGACCAAGAAGGUGAUCCCGUUCCCCAUGUCAUGUGACCUCAGAAAAGACUGUGCCUGCCGGGACCCCAAGGCUCUGGAGAACUCGCGGACCGACGGGGGCGGGACCUCGUUGGGCUGACGGACAGCUGCUUCACCCAGUCUCAUCGCACCAACCCCCCCUCCUCCCUCCUCCCACCAACCGUGAGCCCAUCCGGGCCGGGUCACCAUCACAUCACGUCUCACUUCUUAAUGGCUACAGGAAAUGACUGAAUGAUUGCAACCAAAAAAGAAAAAAAAAAAAACAACAAAACAAAACAAAACAAAACAAACACAAAGUAAACAAGCAAAAAAAAAACAAUUUCAGAAACAAUCCUCUGUGUCUGAAGUGAAUGAAGUGACGAGGAACGGAGGAUCAGUAGUGGGCCUCGCAUCCACCAGAGCAAGACAUUCCUUCCCAUCAACCCUAUCUAUCGACAUGCUGCUUUUCAGGUGUACCUCUGUACCCUCCAUCCCACUCCACCCCAACUCCACCCACCCACCUCCUCAACACACAUACUGCACUUCCCUUAUGCAGUUGGAGCCACUGAUUUUGUUACUGUUGUACCAUAUUUUCUUGACUGUGCCACACAAGGUCCUUGCAAGAUCAAUGGCGAUCUCCAUGACUCGCCCAAACCAUACACACACAUUAUAUUAUAACCUUCAUGGAAGUCUCAUAGAAGAAGUCACAUUGUGUGUGUAUGGAAGGAAUGGGGGGGGAAGUGGUUCUGACUGUAUUACUCUUACCCUACCCAGUCCUCCAGCACCAGUGUUGCCAGAUUGGGCGGUUACCCGCCCAAUUGGGCUACUUGGGAUGGCGGUCUGCGGGUAAAAACGGGAAAAUUUGGUAAUUUGGUAGAUUUUUCUGCCGUCUCAUGCCCAUAGAAAUCAAUGCGAUUUGUUGAAAUUGGGCGGAAUUUAGCACAUUUUGGCGGUAUCUGAGACACAUCUGGCAACACUGUCCAGGACCCCACCGACUCCACAACUCUCAUCCCCUCAGUUCCCUGCUUUUGUUGACUGCCCUCUCUCCAGACAUCUUGGAUGCCCUACCCUCCUUCCCUCCUACCUCUGCAACUACAGUACUUUGCCCCCUGCCUCAACCCAGACGCACAUACAGAUGGAUACACCGCCACCCCCCCACCCCCCCAAUAUCACCAUUAAAUCUCCAACUAUCAUUUCAACCACCCAACCAUCACCAACCCACCAACCCACCCAUCUACCUACCCACACCUUCCUCUCUCAAUAUCUUCUGCCUCUACAGUGUAACCUCGUCGUCCAUGCAUACUGUACUAGACAAGGACCAAAGAGAGUACCGUCACCACCACCACCACCACCACCACCAUCAUCAUCAUCAUCAUCAUUAUCAUCGCUGUCACCAUCGUCAUCUUAACAUCACCAUGACUUCUCACUGACUACAGGAAAUGACUGAACGACCGCAACCAAAAAAAAAAGACAGAAAGAACAUCAACAAAAAGCAAGCAAAACAAAGAAAACAAACAAACAAACAAUUACAUACAGAGUCCUGUGUGUUUGACGUAUGAUGCGAUGAGGGAAGUAGGAUCAGCUGAGGCUGUCUACAGUAGCAUGCCUUUCCUUGAGGUUUGGAAGCAGUGUGUGCAAAUUAUGAGCGUGUGUACAUUUAAUGCUCUCAUCUCCUCAUGUGGUAUUUUCUCUCACUUUCACACGCAUGCACACACACACACACACACGCACACAUGCACGCACACAAACGUGCGCCGCGCGCACACACACACACACACACACACACACACACAGACA